CAGAACAAGGGGAGGUGGACAUGGAGAGUCACCGGAACACCAGCGCAGAGCCAGCUGUUCAGCGUACUCUUUUAGAGAAAUAGAAGAUUGUCAGCGGAAGCAGCCCAGCUGUUGGCAACAGGGUUAGGACACCUGCUGGAGGCUUCUCCCCAAAGAACAGCUGUUGGAGAGCAGAGACGGAGGCCUUCUGUUCACGGCGGAUUCUUUGUUUUAAUCUUGAGACGUUCUUUGCUUGUUGUCGCUGGGUGGAUGUUGUUUACUAACGAUUAAUUUUACAUCCAAAUGGGGACAGGCCCCAUUCUCCAAGACCCAGGGGGGUUUCCCAUGCGAUGUGAAAGGCUUGCCAUUAUUACGUCCCUAUAAGUCAAAUAUCAACCGCACCGAGGCACCCUUAGCCGGAAUCUCGCUUGUUUACAAAUCAGGUGUGCAUUGAGCACGUCUGAAACUCCCACGGUAGCCUUGACCUUUUUUUAAUUAAAAUAAGGUAAGCCCUUCAAUUUGUUUCUUCAGUAUUUCUUUUAUUGGAGGACAUUUCUUUUUCAUGUCAGACUAAUAAAAAGAAAUUAGAAACCAA